AUGCCCCCGGAUACAGAAGCUGCUGUGACCCUGCGUCACUCUCUGCCCAAACAGCAAUCCAAUUGGAACGAGGCUAUCCGACUCGAACCGGUCAAGCGUAGUGGUAAGGACAGCCAGAUCCCAAUUGUCCAACAGCGCCAGGAUGAGACUUCUCCACCAACCCCACAGGAGAAUUUCGAUGAGUGGGACAAGAAGGAGGGCUGGCCAGCUGUUGCGGCCGGUUCUGCCAUAUUUUUUGUAUAUCUUGGCCUGGUAUAUUCAUACGGUAUUGUGCAGCUCCAUCUUAUCGAGAGCCAACUUGCAACUGUCUCGACUUUGUCUUUCAUUGGAUCUGUAGGUGCAGCAAUGUCUCCUCUUACUGGUAUGGUGGUUGCACGGAUCAUCAAGCGUUUCGGUUGCAGAAAGACUGCGUUUGCUGGAGGUCUCUUCUUAGGCCUCGGAGAGGUCACUGCGUGCUGGUCUACGGGAUCAGUGCCUGCCAUGUUCAUUACCCAAGGAGUUUUGUUCGGUAUCGGAGCCGCCCUGUUGUUUCUGCCAGCUGCAACUGUCCCGUCUUUAUGGUUCAAGAAGAAUAGAGGAUUGGCGACAGGUGUUGUGUUUGCUGGCGCAGGCAUAGGUUCUGCUGUGAUUGCACUGACCCUCGAUAAAUUGAUCGGCAUCACUAGUCUGGAGACAGCCUUGAAAAUUCUGGGGGUUUCUGCAUGGGCUAUCUCCCUUCCAGCAUCUUACUUUCUCAAAGCCCCUGCGGGACGCGGUGGCACAGUGGCUGAACAUCAGCGCCUAUUUCGUAACGUGAAAUUCCUCAUCAUGCUCUUCAUGGGAGCAGUAGCAACAUUCCCUCUUUUUGUCCCCCCAUUCCUGCUCCCGCUCUAUGCUGCAUCGGUCGGACUCUCUAGCCAGACCGGCGCUGCCAUCCUCGCGGCUUGGAACAUCGCCUCCGCUCUUGGUCGUAUCGGCAUGGGGUUUGGAGCCGAUGCCUUCCUAGGGCCCAUCAACAGCCUACUCAUCUCGCUUGCUCUUAUUGGACUGAGUGCUCUCGCACUUUGGCCCUUCGCUUCCUCCCUCGGGCUUCUUAUAUUCUUUUCUAUCCCGAACGGCAUCGGCUCCGGUGGCUUCUUUAGCUUGAUGCCCGUCGUCGUUGGAUCGAUUUUCGGGGUAGGGCAGCUUGCAGGUGUCAUGGCGAUGCUGUCUACUUUUCGGACGUCUGGAUAUGUCAUGGUAAGAUCAUAUACAACUUACUGA